AUGUUUAGAUUAUUAAUUAAACAUACAACCAAUAAUGUUUCAUUAUUGAAGACUCAACAUUUGGUUACUUUGGCAACAUCAAGAUUUACAAUCAAUCGAUAUUCAACCACUUCUUCAAAUCAACCUGAACAAGAAGAAGAAGUAGAAGAAGAUAAUGGAGAUUGGAUGAACAAGAUUACAUUGGAAAAGAAAGUAUCAUCUGUCAAUGAUAUAUUAAACAAGAACAAGACAAAUAUUAAACAAAUUCAAAGAGAAACGAUCGUUGAACACUCAACAAAUGAAUCUAAUCAAGAUGAAGGAUUAUUACAAGAGAUUGAAAAAGCAAGAGUAGAGAUUGACAAUGAUGUACCUAUCGAUAGAAGUAAUCUUACUAUUGCUACUCUGGUAAGAGUAUGUGGUCGAUUAAAGAAUGAUAGAGAUAUUGUCAACCAUCUCAUUCGAAGAUUACUACAAUUCAAACAAACCAUUCAAUUGGAUCACUUUCACCAACUCAUGGUAGAGUAUACUCAAAAAGGAUCACAAGAAUUGAUCAUUGACAAUCUCUACAAGAUGCUCAACAACAGAGACAUUGUCGAAAAGAUCAACAACAAACAACAUAGUCAUCCCCAACAACAAAACACCACAAUACAACCAACAGUAGAAACAUUCAACUUGAUGCUAAAAUGUUAUGCUUCAAAUGGUUCAAUCGAUCGUUGCAUAUCAUUGAUUGAAAAGGAUAUGAUGAAAGAAAAAUUGGUGCAACCCAAUCAAGAAUCAUACGCACUUGUUGUACAAGGUCUAGCAGAUGCAAAUAGACCAGAUCAAGCAUACUCUUUUCUUUUAAAAUACAUUGCUUCACAUCAAAUCAAUGGUAUCGAUCAGAUGACUGAUUGUUUCAACUCGAUUAUUGCAUGUCACUCGAGAAUGGGACAAUCAGACAAGAUUGAAACACUCGUCAAAGCAAUGAAGCAGAAUCAAUGUCAGUUAAAUUGUUUGACAAGACAAUACCAAAUAGAAUCACUAUUAAAACAGUAUAACAACAAGGAAGCAGUUGAUCAAGCACUAAAGAUCAUCAAAGAAAUGGAUGCUGACAAUACACCUACAACAACAUUGACGUUUUACAAAAUGUACGAAUCACUAGCACGACUCUCUCGAUCCGACGAAUUGAUGCAAUUGUUUGGUAUGAUGACAAGAAACCAAAAGCCAAUCGUUGAAUCAUUACCAUCGAUCGAGGACGACUUUUACAAUGAAAAUGUGUCAUUGGAGGCAUCGACCUCUUGGAAACCAAACAUUCACACAUUCAACUCGAUCAUUGAAUCUCUGUGUCGUUGUGGACAAUUGGAUCAAGCGUUUGGUAUUCUCGACCAAAUGACUCAACACAAUGUUCAACCAACCGGUGAAACAUUUAGUAGUCUAGAAGCCCUUUCAUUUAAAUUAAACCAAAUGGAUAAAUAUAAUAGAUAUUGUAAUAUGGAAUUUCAUAUUAUUAAAAAGAAUUAA